CACCUCCGCCAGUCCUCCCCAGGAACUGCUUCUGUCCGGUUAUUCCUCCGCACAUCAGCUUUGUUCGGGGCUGUGGUGGCAGUUUUCUCCUGUAGUGCUGGUCCUUGGCUCGUGGCGGGAACAUGCUCCACGUGAGGGCGGCCGUGUACCGGUCAUGGAGGGGGUUCAGGACGUCCCCGUGUGCUGCCGUGGAGGUGCAGAAUGAGCCCAUCCUGGGCUUCAAGGAGGGGAGUCCAGAGAGAGCGGAGCUGCUGAAGGCUCUGGACAGUCUGAAGGGGAAGACGGAGGAGAUCCCUUGUGUGGUGGGAGACGAGCACGUUUGGACCAGCGACAUCAGAUACCAGCUGUCCCCUUUCAAUCACUCGCAUAAGGUGGCAAAGUUCUGCUACGCUGACAAGGAGCUCCUCAACAAGGCCAUCCUGGCGUCGGUGGCGGCCAGAAGGGAGUGGGACCUAAAGCCUGUCCAGGACCGAGCUCAGGUCCUCUUCAAAGCUGCUGACGUCCUCGCCGGACCCAAGAGGGCUGAGAUUCUGGCCAAGACCAUGAUCGGCCAGGGGAAGACGGUGGUGCAGGCGGAGAUCGAUGCUGCCGCCGAGCUCAUCGAUUUCUUCAGAUUCAACGCCAAACACGCGAUCGAGCUGCAGGAGCAGCAGCCUCUCGACGCCGGGGGAAGCACCAACACCAUGCUGUACCGGGGCCUGGAGGGCUUCGUCGCCGCCGUGGCUCCCUUCAACUUCACAGCCAUCGGAGGAAACCUGGCAGGAACGCCGGCUCUGAUGGGAAACGUGGUUCUGUGGAAGCCCAGCGACACGGCCAUGUCUGCCAGCUACUUGGUGUACAAGGUCCUGCGGGAGAGCGGUCUGCCCCCCAACAUCGUCCAGUUCCUGCCUGCUGACGGGCCCGUGUUCGGGGAUGCCGUCACCGCCUCGCAGCACCUGGCGGCCAUCAACUUCACCGGCAGCGUGCCGACAUUCAAGCGUCUGUGGAAGCAGGUGGGCCAGAACCUGGACGUGUACAGGAACUUCCCUCGCCUGGCCGGAGAGUGCGGCGGGAAGAACUUCCACUUCGUCCACUCGUCGGCGGACAUCCAGAGCGUGGUGAACGGGACCAUCCGCUCGGCGUUUGAGUACGGGGGUCAGAAGUGCUCGGCCUGCUCCAGGAUGUACGUCCCACAGAGCACGUGGCCCAAGAUCAAGCAGCAGCUGCUGGACGUGCUGAAGAGCGUCAAAGUGGGCGACCCCGUGGACGACUUCAGCACCUUCUUCUCUGCCGUCAUAGACGAUAAGUCCUUCGCUCGCAUAAAGAAGUGGUUGGACCACGCCAAGUCAUCUAAGAACCUCAAGGUCAUCGCCGGCGGCAACUGUGACAAGCAGAAGGGCUACUUUGUGGAGCCGACCAUCGUGGAGACCACAGACCCGCAGGACCCCAUCAUGAGCGAGGAGAUCUUCGGGCCGGUUCUGUCCGUGUAUGCGUACCCUGAGAAAGACUACAAGAAAGUUCUGCAGCUGAUCGACAGCACAUCGCCGUACGCGCUGACGGGAGCCGUGUACGCCCUGGACCAGAAGGUGAUUGACGAAGCCGCCAAAGUGCUGAGAAACGCAGCGGGAAACUAUUACGUCAACGAUAAAUCCACCGGCUCCAUCGUGGCCCAGCAGCCGUUCGGAGGCGCCAGAGCUUCAGGCACCAACGACAAACCCGGAGGCCCUCACUACGUUCUGAGGUGGACGUCGCCGCAGGUGGUGAAAAAGACUCAGCUGCCGCUCACAGAGUGGAAGUAUCCGUACAUGGGCUGAGACCUUCGUCCAUCCAUCCGCCGUCCGGCUGUCCAUCUGUCCAUCUCAUCCCUUUGUCCACUCUCGUCCGUCCUUUCUUUUCCUCUAGCUGUACAUGCAAAGCCAUUUCUGUCCAUGUUCAAACUGUAGAGAUGCACAGACUCCUGGAGCCACAAGGGGGCAACAUGUCAGCCUGAGGGUCCAGGGUUUGUGGAGAGAAAAAAAGAGCCGUCUUCAUUUGUAGCCACUUACGAAGAACCCGUCAGUGCCUCGUGUGUGUAUCUGUGUGUGUGUGUGUUUUGUGUUCCGAAAGGUUUGUCAGAAAUGUAUUUUAUGAAUUCUGUAUCUUAAAUAAAUUCAGAAUUUGUAGGUUUAUGAUGUAAAUUCAGUUGGGUUUUUUGCCUCUGAGUUUGAGAGAUUGUGAAGCCAGAAUUUUUUUUUUUUUUUACAAACUUUUAAGGUCAGGAUUCUGAACUGUUACUUUCAAAUUUACAAGGUUAUAAAUCGGGCAGAGACUCAAAUUUUUUGUACAAAUUUGUACAAUUACAAAUUUGGAUGUCAGGAAGACUUCCAUACACUCAAUGUUACAAGUUAAAGUCAGAAAUUCAGAAUUUGCUUGUAAAUUUCCAAGUUUCUAAACAGAAUUUUUUUUUUCUUUCAAAUUUUGUUGGUUUACAUUUCAUGAAGUCACAUUUUAAUUUUCAAUUUUUAAAGUAAGACAUUUUGAGGUUCUUUUCAUGCAAAUUUGUGAAUGAGUCCAAAAAUGCAGAAAUGUUUUCAUGUAAAUUUUACAAGUGGUUAACCUCAGAAAUGUCUUCCCUUUUUAUUUAUUUUUUGGGGGAGUUUUCUUUUGAAAAUUGGAAGUUCAUACAGUAAAACAUUCUAAGUUUUGUUUUAUCCUGCAAGUUUAUAGUCAGAAUUUUAUUACUUUAUUUAGAGUUUAUUUAGGUCAGAAAUUAAUUUUAUAGGAGGUUUAAGCACCCUUCCCCCCCUGAAAACUAAAUCAUGCACUGGCAUCGUUUCCUUCAGCCUGCAGAGCUGUGAAAUGAUGAUGGAUCCCUCCUCAUCCUCGUCUUCAUCCUCCUUUCCGUCUGUCCCCGUUUGCACUGAAGCAGGACUUGAAUGUGUCCUCCAUCCACACCUCCAUUAACACCGAGGCUGAACGACUGCUUCCUGUUUGAAUGAUGUACCUCUGAUUUAUUUCACUCGACUAAACCAGAAUGUUGUUUUAGAGAAUAAACAAUCACUACCUGAUUAAUUAUUGUUGAUCAAUGAGGUGAAGUGUGUGAGGACAGAGAACCCGCUGAUGUUGAUGGGUUUUUUGGAGACAGACUUGACUGGUCCUGUGGGUUUGGUGGAGGCGUUGCGGGUUUUUCCAGAUCAUCAGUCUUCUUGACGUCUGCUAAAGAACAUUUGCAGGUGUUUCAGCUCUGAAUGUGUCUCGGUUUGUCUGUAAAUGCAGAUAUUUAAUUUUAAACAAUAAAGUCUAAUUUCUUAAUCAA